GACCUUCACUUCUGACUUCCUUAAACACUAAAAAAGAGCAGAAAGUUCCCCGGCGGCAUCAGUGUGUAUCGUCAAUCCAUCUGACUGGAGCUCAUGGCCCUGGACACACUGAUCCGGAUCUUUACCAUCAUGUCAGUGAGUGUGUUUGGGAGGAGUGCUGCUGUCUCUGUGUCUGUACCGGGACGAGUGCUGGCUCUGGAGGGCUCGUGUCUCAUCAUCCCCUGCUCCUUCAGUCCUGCUCCUGAUGCUCAGAAGAUGGAGCUUCGGCUCGUCAGAUCCUCGACGCCGUUUCUCAUGAUGCUGCGGAGGCCGGUGUUCAGCUCUGUGCGCGGCGAAACCGUUCAAUCCCACUUCAGAGAGCGCACAUCGCUCGCAGGGAACAUCAGCGCUGGCGACUGCUCCAUCAGCAUCAGCAGCAUCAGGAGCAACGACCAGAACACAUACGAGCUGCAGAUGAGGGAGCGGGGUCAAAGGUCAUGGCCUGCGGGCAGUCAGGUCAACAUCAGCGUGACUGGUUCGCCGGAGCCGCCGGAGCUCACAGACCCGGGGCCGGUGAAGGAGGGCCAUCAGCUCGUGUUGAACUGUUCGACGAGGCUCAGCUGUCCGUCUGAUCGACCUCGUCUGCUGUGGAAGUGGGAGCGCGGCAAUCCGACUGGGAGCAGCGUUCACGGAGACACAGAGCUGCUGCGGGACACCGGCUGGUUUCCGGUGCUUCAGACCAGCCUCGUCUUCACCGUCCCGCGGCACACAAACCCCAGAGUCAGAUGUGAGCUGGAGUACCCCAAUAACAGACGAUCCUCGGCCACCCGCGAGAUCCUCGUGCACUUUCCUCCCAGAGACGUGUGUGUUCAGGUCGUGAGCGCGGCGGUGCGUCUCGGAGGAAACGCUCUGCUCCACUGCUCCUGUAAGGCAGACCCCCCGGUCUCGGAGUACCAGUGGUGGAGCGUCGAGGCGGGAAGCACGCGGAUCCUGUCCAAACACACGCACAGCGUCCGCAUCUAUAACAUCAGCCGAGACACGCGCGUCCAGUGCAGCGCUGCUAACCGCCUGGGACGCGCCUCGUCCCCCCCGACGCCCCUCAACGCGCAGUACGCUCCGCUGAUUCUGUCUCGCUCGUCCUGUGACUGGGACGGGACACUGUUGUCCUGCUCUUGUGUCGUGGACUCGAACCCUCGUCCCGCUGUCACCUGGAGUGUGAACGGCUCUCACCUGCCGGAUGGGUUUAACACCUCGUCUUCUUCUUAUGUAAACCACACGCUGACGGUGACGCUGCGCGGGGUCUCAGAUGCGCCGCUGCGGGUGGAGUGUCAUGCUGUCAGCGCUCUGGGAAACCACUCACACCUGCUCUAUGAGCCUCACGAGGCAGGUGAUCUGAAGUGGACUGUAAUCCCGACAGCUGGUGCUGUGCUUCUGCUUCUGCUGCUGCUUCUGCUGCUGGUUUUCUGCUGCUGCAGGACAAACCGAAGGAGACGUGUGAUGGCCUACAGGCCUCCAGCCGUGCAUCCUGAGCUUCAGGGCUUCUAUCAGGAGCGAAUGCCUCUCUACAUUAACUGCAGCGAAGUCACAAACGUCUACAGCAACGGCAGCUACCAGCUCAUCUACCAGAACUGCACUCCGCUCUUCGUCCGGAGCAAACAGAUGCACAAGAGACAGACACGCGGUGCGAGACGCCAGGCACUGAACCCCGUCGCUGUGGACUCAGACACAGCUGUGUAUGUGGAGGUCAUAUGAGCUCAGACUGUCCUUGUGCUUCAGCUCACCUCCAGAAAUAAAGAGUCAAUAAACUGUGUGUUUGACAUCUCAA